AUGGACAAUUCCAAUGGCCGUCCGCCCUCGGCGGCCACCAUAGAGAUGCAGGCUCAUCAACAACAACAUCAACAAGGCAUCGCAGGUCUCGGUGCCGGCAGUCGAAGUACCUAUUCUCUCGGCCUAGCAACACCCAGCGCUACGGCCGACUCGAGCGGCGACUACUUUGACGCAGCGACCAACCUGCGCCCGCAACCUUCGCGCCAGUCUGUCCGCUCCCACGCGUCUGGGCCCUCUGGCGAGUCUCGUCCCGCCAGCCGGAACUCGAAUCGCCGACCAAGCAUCCGCAUUCGACGCCUAUCCAAUGCAUCGCUGAACCCGCCUUCGUCCGAUACCGCCGCCGCCGCCACUACCUCCUCCUCCUCCUCCGAUGCGCUCGCGGCCGGUGCCGUUCCUACAUCUGCCCGGCGUACACGCCCCCGCAGCAUUUCACAGCCCUCUUUAGACGCCGCGGGUCGGGAUGGCGACACAGCGAGGCAUUCGCGUCGCACGCCCCAAGUUGCGCUCCCGCGACUGACAGAGGAGGGCUCACGUCCGACAAUGCAGGAACUUGGCAUUGUUGGCAACCCCCUCUCUCCUACAACCUCACUCCCCACAAGCAUCACUCGCCAGCGGCCUGAGCAUCUCAGUGUAGACUCCAGCGCGUCUCCGCAAAAUCGCCGUAGACGUCUAAGCAGAAUGUUUUGGCCCGGCGCUAACGGCGCUGCGAGGAGCGGCUCGCAGGAAACAACCUCUCGAGGAUCCAUGCACCAAGAUGAUGAGUAUGAAGAGCAUCUAGUGGAUCUUUUAGAUACCAUCGAUCCCGAAAUCCAAACGCUGUCAACCCUGACCAACAUUCAAAACUCCCUAUUCGUCCCCGAUCUGGGUAAAUUAAUUAACCGACGCCCGACAUAUGUCCUCACUCAGCACGAUCCCGAACGAGUUGUAUCCAGACCCGGGACGUCUGAGCCGAGAACAUCGGGAACUCAGCAGGAGCCAGUCACAUCUGGCGUUGCGCCUGACGAGACUAUCGAAGAACUACCAGCCUUGGAGGAAGCGGAAGCGGAAGCGGACAUACCACCACCACACAUACGAAGAACGGACACCAUUACUUCGCGACUGAGUGAUUCCCAUUAUGCUGCACUUCCUCAUGGUGUAUCCGUGACACACUGGACGGAUGCGGAGAAGCGGGAACUCGACGACCAUGUUCGCCACAUGCUGCACUCUCGGCGAUCCAAGUUGAAGCGAAUGAUGAAGGGCUUUGGACAAUAUGUUCGUCGGCCCCUCGGUUUCCUGGUAACUUUGUACGCUGUUUGCAUCACCGCUUUUGGCCUGGCUUGGGUUUUGUUCUUGAUUGGUUGGAUCUAUGUCGGUGACAAACAAGAAUACAACCUCCAUAUCAUUGACAGUGUUUUGGUUGCCCUCUUCCUGGUUGUCGGUGGUGGCAUGGCUCCUUUUCGUGCCAUUGAUACCUACCAUCUAUGCUUUCUUGUUCAUUACUCGCGCAAGAUGAAGAAGGCACAGCUCAAGAGGGGAGACAUUGAAGCGCCCGACCGAAGCGGAUCCUCGGAUGUCUCUGGUGCACCUCACGUCGAUGUGAACAGCAAGGAAGAGUCGAUGCCUGGUGCACUUGACCAGCAGCCGCCUCUGAUUCGCGCACCCAGCCAGAUAUCCAAGGAGCAAGACGUCAAUGUGGAAGAGGGAGCGGAGGAGGAGGAAGACUUGUACCCGCUCACGCCCAAGCAGCAGAAGCGCUUCCUCCACCAUCGUCAAAAGCUCGUCAAGUCGCACAGCUUCUACAAACCGCACGAGACCUUUACUCACUACCGUUUCCCUCUCAGCUUGCUGAUUACCGUCAUUGUUCUGCUCGACAUGCAUUCGUGCCUCCAGAUUUCGCUGAGCUCCACGACGUGGGGCAUCGACUACCACCAUCGCAACCCGGCCAUUACGACGACCAUUCUGUGCGUCAGCAUCACCACCAACAUUGUCGCCGGCUUGGUCAUUAUGAGGGGUGACAGGAAGACGCGCAAAAAGGACGUGGUGAAGCUGAUUGACCGGCAAGAGCUGACGAGCGACGCGAUGAAGAAGGUGGAGAAGAAGAAGAAAAGGCAAGACAAACAAGACAAGGAGGACACGACGGAGAGUAUAAUGUACGUGGACGAAUCUAAUGUCUGCGAGGAUGACGAGGCUGGCAAGUAA